GUGUGUGUGUGUGUGUGUGUGUGUGUGUGUGUGUGUGUGUGUGUGUGUGUGUGUAAUAAAAUUAUCUCCCUUCUUGAUGUGCCAAUAGUUGGGUGGAGUAGAAUGAGGGGCCUCUCACACUUAGAAAAGCUGUUGUUUGGAUCACACAGAAAUGGCUUAGUUUUUAGGUAUCUUGUUUUUCAUUACUUUGAGUAAUGAAAUGGGAACAGGAGAAAUGACUUGAAUGCUUGUCAUGUUAUGAGAGGUUGAGUCUUGCUGACAGUGGGUAACAGUCUUUACAUUGUGUGAGGGGCAUUCCCAAUUAGAUAUUUUUAAUUCUUCCUCAUGGCAUUGCUCUGUGGCAGCAUUAACUGCUUAACCGUGGUUUAUGAUUGCCAUGUUUUUACACUAGAGAACAGAAAGUGCUGCUCUGAUUGGUUGCAUUCUAGGUUUAUCUGAAACAAAAACACUAUGAAAUGCUUCAGGGAUCUGCCGUUCUUCUUUAAUGGGCAUUAGCUGCCAAAGCUCUUUUACUUUAUUGAUCAAGGAAGGUGUUUGAGAGUACUGUAUGAAAUUCUAUUUUCACUUUAUUCAAUGCUGUCCCUGUUUCUUGCCACAAGGGGGUGAUCAUGGUUAAAUUAUUACCCUCAUUCCUUUCUUUGGACCAAGGGUAGCUUUGUAGGGCUGUUAAUCAUUCAACCCCAUCUUUCAGGAGUUCCUUCAAGGAACAAAACAAAUGUAAUCUCUUUUUUAAAAACUAAAAUAUUUGAUUUUACUGCUGGUGGCCCUUUUGGAAUAGACCGUAUCAUGGCCAGAGGGAAACAAUAGUGCUUGAGUUUUUAAUGCAUUCCUAUGUAAGGAACGGUUUUGUAUGUAUUCUCACUUCUCGUUGGUAGCAUCUAACCAAAAAGGAAACACCUAAGUGCCAGAGGAAUGUGUAGGGCGAAGUUGCUGAUUUGGGGUCUGUUUUCUAUAUUCCCUACUAAUGCUUAAGGUUAGGAUUGGGGAAGGGAAUCUUAUCCUAUAUCUGUACCUAGGGGAAACAUCACCUGGAGCACCAGGGAACUAUUUAGGCAGAGUAGGCCCCAUAAAUGUCAUCAUGGUGGAUUUAUAUAAUUUUUAUGACUUAUGAGCUCCUAAAUGUGUGCUACCUAUACUGUCAUUACAUUGUUAUUUCUUUUACGAUUCCACUACAGUGAAAGAAAGCUUCAUGAGAAUAGAUUCCUUUUCUCUUCUCCAUUCCUUUUAUGUAGUCCUCAGGCUGGUUGUUGCCUUACAUAUCUGUCAUACUUAUUGGUACCAGUGCAUUUGUAAAAAAAUAUAUAUAUAUCAUUUUUAAUUAUACUCACUUUUUAUAUUAAAAAUGCAACCAUUAUAUUAAAAAUGCAACCAUUAAUGUAUAUUUACAUAAAGUAUGAGGAAUAUGGAAAUUGUAGUUAUCAAUAUUUUAAUGUUUGUAAAAAAAAGCUUAUAAUAUAGGGAGUAAAUUGAUUAAAAGGUUUAUCAACAGGCCAGUUGUGGGAGUUGUCUGACAGCCAGAGAGACUGGUCUCUUUACAGCACUUCUCUAUAUGCCUGACUGUGUGUGUAACUUAUGUAAUUGAUGGAUAUGUUCUGUCUCACACAGGUGAGUCAUUGACUGUUAUUCUCAUGUUCUCACCCUGUUCAUGCCUACCAUGGUCAUUUCACUUGUUAAUCAACCAUGUUUUAUCAUUUUGAAAUAAAUAUAUGAUUUUGGGGGGGGAAAGGGGUACAUGAUUGUCCAUUGUAUUUGACUCUUUGUCACCAUGUCAAUCAUAUUUUAAGCUUCUUGCAAAUGCAAUUUACAGUAAAUUAAUUUGGAAGUUAAUGAUUGAUAUAGCUGACACAGAAACAUAAAGAACUCAAAUUAGUUGGUUGUACAGUUACACACAUUACAUGUUUACCAGAGUACAUAUGCAUAAAUUAUAGUAAUCUCAAACUGCAAUCAAGUUACUAACAACACUAGAGAAUAUUGCGUCAAAUGUUACACCAGACAAGCCUGGGAAAUAACAAAAUGACACAAGACUGACAAAUCAGACCUUAGCGGCGGGAGGUCCAGCUGACUGGCGGAGGAGUUUUGGAGACAUUUGGCGCAAGUUUUGUUUCUUAGACUAGAGCGCGCCCGAGACACCACACGAAAUCCAUCAAGACGAAUACUUCUUAAUCAGGAACUAAAAUAAGUGUUUAAUAACAGUUGGCGCCACACAUGAGGACACGUAUUGUUGUCGCCAUUGAGUCUGCAGAUACAGUAGUUACUGAGAAUUCACACCAUUGUGAUUGAUGGCCCUUGUCUUUUGUAAUGUCUUUUGAAACACAUCUGCACGCUAAGUGCUCACAGCGAAGAUGCCCAGCACACGUUCCCAGGCUCAGCCCAUCCUCCAGUUCCCCAGAUGCAAGUCCUCCAGGGUUGACUUAAAAAGCACCAAGAGCACAUCCCAGACAGAGACCCAGUCACUCUGCUCCGUGGAGUCUCCUAAACCGCAGCCCCUUCCAGAGAAGAUCCAGCUAAUGCCCCGCUCACGCAGGCCCGUGGCACUCAAAGGCAUAACUCUGUGCCCAAGGCGGACUCCAAGAAAACCCCUCAGCCCUCGCAAACGCACAGGAGAUGAAAAUGGCUGUAACCUCAGUGCCAACCUACUGGGCUCUCCUCCCAAACAGCCCUGUCUUAACCUGGCCUCCCCCCGCAAGCUGGGCUUUGAUGAGAACUCCCCCGUUCUAUCCCAGAGGAGUCUACUGACCCCCCUGUCACCAAAACGGCAGCACCUCUCCCACCCCAGGGCCUCCCCCAGCAGAUUCCAUGAGAUCCCCAGUGGGAGCCCAUCAUGUUCCCGAUCAGAGGGCACGGUGGUCGGCCUCUUUGCUGAAAAGUCUAAGUUCCAUAGUGUGAAGCAGGCCCUCCACACGGCUGUCCCAGAGCGCCUGCUAUCCCGGGAGGCUGAGAGGUCCACAAUCCGCUCCUUCCUGGAGGACAAGACCCUAAAGGCCAGUCCAGCCAGCCUCUACAUCUCUGGAGCCCCCGGCACUGGCAAGACUGCUUGCCUCAACUGUGUGUUGCAGGAGAUGACGGAUGAACUGAAGGAGAUUCAGACAGUGGUGAUCAACUGUAUGGCUCUGCGUAGCUCCCACGCCAUCUUCCCCCUGCUGGCAGAGAAACUGGGGGCCUCUGGGGGCCACACUGACACCAAGUUGCAGAAACUGCUGACCAGCACGGGGCCUACUGUUCUUCUUGUCCUGGAUGAAAUGGACCAGUUGGACAGCAAGGCCCAAGAUGUUCUCUACACCAUCUUUGAGUGGCCGUACCUGCCCAAGUCCCGUCUCUGUCUCAUUGGUAUCGCCAACGCUCUGGACCUGACGGACAGGAUCCUCCCCCGGCUGCAGGCCCUGCCUCGCUGUCGCCCCCAGCUGUUACACUUCCCUCCCUACAGCCGCCAGGAGCUCGCCGCCAUCGUACAGGACAGACUCAGACAUGUGUCCGGAGAGGGGUUACUAGACGCAUCGGCCGUGCAGUUUUGUGCCAGGAAGGUGUCUGCUGUAUCGGGAGAUGCACGCAAAGUUCUGGAUAUCUGCCGGAGAGCUGUAGAGCUUGUGGAAUCUGACAACAGAAAGGCAGCAGCAGAAACGACAGCGUCUCGUGUGAGCGUGCCCCAGGUGGCCAGGGUGCUGUCGGAGGUGUACGGGGACCGCAUGUCCUCGUCAGAGGGAGAGAGCUUCCCCAUCCAGCAGAAACUCCUGGUCUGCUGUCUGCUACUGAUUACUCGCAACGGCAAGAACAAGGAGAUCACACUGGGCAAGCUCCAUGAGGUGUACAGCCGUCUGUGUGCCAAGAGACAGGUGGGCCAGGGCGAGUGCAUGGGCCAGGGCGAGUGCAUCUCCCUCUGCAGUCUGCUGGAGAGCCGGGGCAUCUUUGCCCUGAAAAAAGCCAAGGAGGCUCGCCUCACCAAGGUUUCUCUGAAGAUUGAGGAGAGGGAUGUGGAGAAUGCUCUGAAGGAUCGCACCCUGCUGGGCAGUAUCCUGACUGCUGGCCUACCAUGACCUUUCACCUUUAUUUGUGCCUUAUUUAGUUUGUUUUGGGAUUCCUUUUUUUUCUGGUGGGGUGAUUCAUAUCCAACUAUGACCUCCCUUUUCAGAACAAUGGGAAAUGCAGCAAUUUGUUAGAUUUUUAUUGACAGAUGAACAUGGACUGAAAACAUUUCAAAUGGUCAAACUGACCGGCUGCUUUUAACUUGAGUUUAAAUGCUUAUUUAUUUUGGGGGGGUGAAAACCUUAUGUACAUUUAUGUUGUAAUAA